AUAUGUCGCGUCCACUUCAACACAUAAAAUGUGAGUAUUUUAUUUUAUAAAAUAAAGUAUUUAUUUAAUAUAUUUUCCUGGUCCCAACACAUGCUAUGCAUUAAUAAAGUAAUAAACUUAGUAUUAAUGUACUUAUACAGUAUGAAGCCGACCACAAACUAAUUUCUUUCUGUCUUUAAUGGAAAUUCGAACGUUGACUAUCAAGCCGGUGAGUACCAUUAGUUUUUCCAUUUUGGAAGUUUCUGGAUCCAGCAAUUUUUUUUUUGUUGAGCUGAUGGAUCGCAAUAAAAACCUAAUUAUUUUUUGAGGUUUGUGGAAAAUACUCAGGAUUUGAGGUGCGGGAAGAGAUAAGAGCAUGAGUGCAUGAGUGAGGGCACGAAAGGAGGGAGAUUUUGGCUACAGAAAAUCGUUUAUUAAGCCGGGCUUCUUUCAAAAAUGGUGCAGAGUCUCUGUUUGAUGGCAUCUCAUGGUUACCCAACUGGCCUUGUCUUACACCCACAACUGGGUUUGCCGGGCACCAACAUGAAGGGCUACCAAAUAUCCUUUCCUUCUCCAGUACCUGCAAAAAACCAGACCAGACAGACCCCCGCGAAGCAACCCACCGUCGACGAGAACGCAACUUCAAGAAAGGGUUCAGUCUAAGAAGGGUUUGAAAUCCACGCGAGAGACGAAAGGUUAAAGAAAUUGGGGAUUUAGGGUUCUUCGAAACCCUUGAGAAUCAGAUUUGGGGAUUAUCUUGAUUAGGGCUGCCAACGUUUGGUGACUUCAAAUUCGAAAUAGACAACCUAAAAAAUACGUUGUUUUUUGGUUGAUUCUAAACAAAGCAUUCAUUCAUCUACGAUCUACGAUCACAGAACUAAUGCAGUCUCUCAAGUCACACCAUGCUGUUUCAUCUUCUCUUUUCAAUCAAUUCUCUUAUCAGUCUAUGACAUUCUUCCUCUCUUUCUCAACCAAAAGUCGUUGCCUACACUUCAACGAAACCACUUCAAUAAUUGAUUACCUGAAUUCCGACUUGCAGUUCUCCAGAACCCAAUCCCUUUAUGUCUCCAAACGUGUUUCAGGGUGCAGAUUCCCUCAAAACCCCUUAUCAGUGCUCACUUUCUUCAAACAAAUAGGCUUUUCCCAAAGCCAGAUUCUCUCCCUGAUUCGUCAAAGACCCCAGAUACUGUUUACAAACAUUGAGAAAAUCUUGAGACCCAAAAUUCAGCUCUUUCAGAUGUCUGGAUUCCAGGGUUACGAGUUAUGCAGCUUCAUUUCAAAGAAUCCCUCAAUUUUGACUCAUAGCUUGAAGAAAACAUUGGUCCCCUCAGUUGAAGCUAUUAGGAAAAUUGUCUACGACCAGAAAGAUUUUAUUCUUGUUUUGCACAGAUGUGGCUGGAUACUCCCAAAGUACAAAAGAAUUAUGGAGAAUGUCGUCUUCUUGGAGAGUUGUGGCAUUCUUGGGACUCAUCUUUCAUUGCUACUCAAACUUCAUCCAAGGCUUUUCGUUGCACAGCGGUCUACUAUUGAAAACAAUGUUUCUCGAGCUGUAGACUUGGGUUUCCGUGAAAAUUCAAGAAUGCUUGUCCAUGCAAUUCAUACAUUAAGUUGUUUGAGCGAUAAAACAUUUGAGAGAAAGUUGAAACUAAUUAAUUGUUUUGGUUUUUCGAAGUAUGAGGGCCUGCAAAUGUUCAAGAGAACCCCGACUUUGUUUAGAACAUCAGAGAAGAAGUUGAAAGUUGGAAUGAAAUUCUUCUUGCAUACAGUUAUGCUGCCCAAGUCAGUCCUUAUUCACCAGCCUAAGAUUUUAAUGUACAGCAUGGAGGAUCGCGUGCUUCCUCGAUAUAAAGUCUUCCAACUGUUGAAAUCAAAAAAUCUCUGCAAGAAAGUCCCCAGUUAUAUUCAUGUGUUGUGCUUGUCUGAGGAGAUGUUCUUGGACAAGUAUAUAUCACAGUUCAGAGAAAAUGCAGAGGAGUUAUUAGUAGCAUACAAGGGUCAUUAUCUGGAGGCAUAACCAUACCUUCAAUUCUGUUUUUUCACUCUUCCACAGGGUUCUAAUACUGAAAUUAUUUAGAUAGUGUUAUGCAUAACCAUGGAAUGUCUCAUUGUAGUAAUGAAGAUGGCUUGUUUAUUGUAUCUGUUUAUUGAUUAUGCAUCUUUCUUUCCCAUGGUAAUUUGGUGGUCAUAAGAACCUUGGAAGAUCCACACGAAAAUAAGCAAUCCACUUUGACUGCUCCUUUAAAGAGCCCUGAGAAAGUGAAAGUGAAGCCAUCUCCAAUAAAGAAGAAGAAAGUAGGCAGGGACAUGGAUCAGUACAAAAACUAUUCAUAUGCAUGUGAGACCCUUCUGUCCCUGAUGGUGGACAAGAAGCAGCGUGGCAGGACAGCAAUUCUCUCCCUGAAGAAAUCUAGCUCUGAGCUUUUUGAUCUUCUGACACAGUUUGCUGCCGGUAUUGCUGGAACUGGCCUUGCUUUUCUGCUAUCUGUAAUGGGUAACAUAGCUUGUGGAAGGGCUACCUUCUGUGCUUCUAACUUUUUCAACACUGGGUUUGGAUUGGGGUUGGUUUGUCUUUCUGGGGCAGUAAAUAAGCUCAGGGUCACAAUUUUGAGCAUCAGCAAGAACACUGGAAAGUUGGGUUUGAAAGAAGAGAAAAUGAUGCAGAAGCUGGAUGAGAGCAUUAGAGAUAUUUACUAUACUGCUGCAGCAUUGCUAGCAGUGGUGAUGCUGAGAUUUGCUUGAGUGGCAUCUCCCAAGACUAGUUUGAUGAAGUGAAUAAAUGGCUAAUUGGAUGUCUACAGUGAUGGCAUUGGUGAAGCAAACCAGAC